UGCGUGUGUUUCAGAUAAAAAUAGAAUUAGGGCAGGGUCCGGCGAACGGACGCGCUUUAAAGCCUAGGUAGAUUUCGCAACAGCUAUGACAUAAACAGGAACGACAGCACUAAGGAAAGGCACUCGAUGUGCUGAGGUGAAACGGCGUCGCGCGAUGCUCCCGGAGUUUCGCGUUCACUUCAAAAACUACACGCACAACGAUAAACGCAUGCGAGUUUGUUGGAAAACGCGUCGGUUUCUGGACGUUGAUGAAGAUCCAGUCGUGACGAGUGUGCCACUUCACAACAGAUCUUUGCAGUUCUUUAUUUUUUAACCGAUUUCAUCGUCCAGACCACGAGAUUUUAACGUUUUUAUAUGAACAUGCAACAGUAAUCGUCGCUACUGACGUCACGGGAGUUUUAUUUGUUUGUUUAGUGUCACUAGUAUAGAUACCAGAGGUGUCAGCGAUGAAGUAUGCAGACUGAGCUUCUGCACCAAAGGGGUUGGGUGUCAUUUACCUCAAACCGGUGAAAAAUGAAUUCGGAUCAGGAAGGCAUAUCCUUUUCUGUGCCAUCUUUCGGCCAACCCCUGGACUCAAUGGAAGGGAAAAGCAGAGAAUGCAGCGCCGCUUUGAAUUGCGGUGCCGGGAGCCACUGGCAUGACACCGCCAUCUGUAAAAGUGCCAACCUGGUUGUUACCUGUUGCCCAUCUGACACCUUGCUGACCACGGGUAAAUGUAAGAAUAGAGCCGUGACAGUGGUAUACGUGAGAAACUCUGAAAUGAGCCAAUCUCAUAGCCCGGAGGACAUGGCAUUACAAUGUCUGAAGGAUGCUUGUGACAUUGUGGGCUGUAAAUUGGAGAUAAUCCACUUCGGGAUGCUGGACUUUGGGGAAACAUCAGUUCUUGAUCACUUUUACAAUGCAGAUAUCGCCGUGGUUGAAAUGACAGAAGCGUUUCGACAGCCGUCACUCUUCUAUCAUUUGGGUGUGAGAGAGAGUUUCAGCAUGGUCAACAACAUCAUCCUCUACUGUGAUCUUAACUCCGACUCACUGCAUUCUCUACAGGAGCUCAUAUGUCAAAAGAAUAUGACGUGUACUGCAGACGUGAACUACACAUGUAUCCCGUAUAUGGUGACUCCUCAGAAUAAGGUUUACUGUUGUGAGAGCAGUUUGAUGAAGGGUCUCAGUGAACUGAUGCAGCCCAGUUUUGAGGCGCUGUUGGGACCCAUCUGUAUGCCAUUGGUGGACAGACUCACUCAAUUGUUGAGCGGGUGUAAAACCAGCACCUGUCAGUACUUUCGUGAGACGGUUCUGAAUGAGAUUCGUAAAGCACGAGAGCUUUACACCGGAGCAGAACUGGCAGCAGAACUCAGACGAAUCCAACAGCGUCUUGAUAAUGUGGAGUGUCUGUCGGCUGAUGUCAUCAUUAACCUCCUCCUGUCUUACAGAGACAUUCAGGAUUAUGAAUCCAUUGUGAAGUUAGUGGAAACACUGGACAAGUUGCCAACCUUUGACCCUAUGGCUCAUCCUCAUAUAAAGUUUCAUUACGCCUUUGCCCUCAACAGACGGAACUUGCCUGAUGACAGACAGAAAGCUUUGGACAUUAUGUUGCCUUUAGUAAACUCGGAUGAACAGGUGGCAUCUGACAUUUAUUGCCUGGUGGGCCGAAUUUAUAAAGACAUGUUCCUUGAUUCUCAUUUCGCUGACACAGAGAGCAGAGAUCAUGGGAUACAAUGGUUUAAGAAAGGUUUCGAAUCGGAGCCCACGUUGCAUUCGGGUAUAAACUAUGCCGUGUUGUUGCUGGCUGCAGGGAAUCAAUUCGACUCGUGCUUUGAGCUGCGUAAAGUAGGGGUGAAGCUGAGCAGCCUCCUGGGCAAGAAGGGCAGUUUGGAUAAGUUACAGAGUUAUUGGGACGUGGGUUUCUUUCUAGGAGCCAGUAUUCUCGCCUGUGACAACACACGGGUCAUUCAAGCUUCUGAGAAACUCUUCAAAAUCAAAGCUCCCAUCUGGUAUCUGCGUUCGCUGGUUGAGACCAUCCUCAUUUAUAAACACUUCAGUAAACCAAGCACAGAUCAAGCAUCAGCACCUAAACAGGAGCUUGUGGACUUUUGGAUGGACUUCAUGGUGGAAUCCACUCAAAAAGAUGUGACAUCUGUUCGUUUUCCAGUAUUGAUAUUAGAGCCUACUAAAAUCUACCAACCGUCUUACCUCUCCAUAAACAAUGAUGUCGAGGAAAACACGCUCUCCAUCUGGCACGUGACCCCUGAUGAUAAAAAAGGGCUCCAUGAGUGGAAUUUCAGUGCAGCAUCAGUACGUGGAGUCAGCAUCUCUAAGUUUGAUGAGAGAAGCUGUUUUCUGUAUGUGGUGAACAACUCUGAGGAUUUCCAGAUCUAUUUCUGCACAGAGAUGCACUGCAAGAGGUUCUGUGAUCUUGUAAAUGCACUGACUGAGGAAACCUGGAGAGGUUCAGAUGAGGCCGAGUGUGAAACAGAGGCUUUAGAGUAUGAUUAUGAAUAUGAUGAACAUGGCGAGAGGGCAGUUUUGGGUAAAGGCACCUUUGGAGUUGUUUAUGCAGGUCGUGAUCUCAGUAACCAGGUGCGUUUAGCCAUCAAAGAGAUUCCUGAACGGGACAGCAGAUAUUCACAGCCUCUACAUGAAGAGAUCGCUCUUCACAAACAUCUGAAACAUAAGAACAUUGUUCAGUAUCUGGGCUCUAUCAGUGAGAACGGCUUCAUCAAGAUAUUUAUGGAGCAGGUGCCUGGAGGCAGUCUGUCAGCGCUGCUCAGGUCAAAGUGGGGUCCUCUUAAAGACAAUGAGCCAACCAUCGGUUUCUACACCAAACAGAUUCUGGAGGGUCUCAAAUACCUGCAUGAUAACCAGAUUGUUCACAGAGACAUCAAGGGUGAUAAUGUCCUGAUAAACACCUACAGUGGAGUUUUGAAAAUCUCAGACUUUGGAACAUCGAAGCGUCUGGCUGGGAUAAACGCAUGCACUGAGACCUUCACUGGUACACUGCAGUAUAUGGCUCCUGAAAUCAUAGAUACAGGUCUGCGUGGGUACAGCAAGCCAGCAGAUAUCUGGUCCCUGGGCUGCACCAUUAUUGAAAUGGCCACCGGAAAACCACCCUUUUAUGAGCUCGGGGAACCACAGGCUGCCAUGUUUAAGGUUGGAAUGUUUAAGAUCCAUCCAGAGAUUCCUGAAUCCAUGUCCACUGAAGCCAAAGCGUUUAUCCUGCGCUGUUUUGAACCCGAUCCAGACACUCGAGCCACAUCCAAUGAUCUGCUCACUCAUGAGUUCCUGACUGUCACCUCACGAAAGAAACGAUCCAAGACCAACAAUUUCACAGCUCUGACACCAGGAACUGAGUACCUGCGCAGCAUUUCACUUCCUGUUCCUGUGGUGGUAGAAGACACCAGUAGCAGCAGUGAAUACGGUUCUGUGUCACCUGACAAUGAGCUCGGCUCCAACCCCUUUAACUUCAAACCCAGCACCAAGUGCUACAGUGAGAGAGAGGUCAAAGGUCCACGGUCACUUUUCCUGAGUAUUCCUGUGGAAAACUUUGAAGACCACAGUGCUCCGCCCUCUCCCGAGGAGAAAGACUCUGGAUUCUUCAUGUUGAGGAAGGACAGUGAGAGGAGGGCGACUUUACACCGAAUCCUGACAGAGGACAGAGAGAAAAUUGUGCUUCACCUGCAGGAGGCGCUGUCACAGGGAUCUGAGGAGACCAGACUGAAGCAUCAGCACAUCUCCACACUGGUGGCAAGUCUGGGUGAUUUUGUGAGGAUGGCAGACAGAAAAAUAGUUGCCAACACUCUCUCUCAGCUUAAACUGGAGCUGGACUUUGAUAGCACAGCGAUCAGUCAACUGCAGGUGGCGCUGUUUGGAUUUCAGGAUGCAGUUAAUAAAGUCCUGCGGAAUCACAACAUAAAGCCGCACUGGAUGUUUGCCCUGGAUAACAUCAUCAGAAAGGCGGUACAGACCGCUAUCGUCAUACUAGUACCUGAAUUGCGGCCACACUUCACGUUGGCUUCUGAGAGCGACGCAGCAGAUCAGGAGGAAAUCGAUGAUGAUGUCGGUCCUCAGAUAAGCAGUGACAUAGCGCCACCUAUAGCUCAUCACGACGACACAGUGGUCACGUCUGGAGUGAGCACGCUCAGUUCAACAGUUUCCCAUGAGUCUCAGAGUGCUCAGCGAUCCAUCAGCAUGGAGCUGGGGUGCAUGAAGCUAGAAACCAAGAGACUGUUGGAGGAAUUAAUAGAGAAGGAGAGAGAGUAUCAGGCCAUCUUACAGCAAGUCUUACAGGAGAGAGAUCAAGAGAUCAAACUCUUAAAGGGUCGCUCCACACACAUGGAUGUCCCUGUACCUACCAUUAACACACACAGUUCAUUUGAACAAGAUGUAGACCAGGAUCUUCUGGAUUGGCUGAAAUUGCACGGGGUUGAUGCUGAAUCCAUAGAGAGGAUUAUAGCUGAGGAAUACACCCUUGAUGACAUCCUUCAUUAUGUCACACGAGACGACCUGAAGACUUUGAGACUCAGAGGUGGAAUCCUGUGUAAACUGUGGAACGCUAUUACAGAGUACAGGAAGAAACCGGCCUGAGGAAGAUUAUAUAUCUGAUGACCCAGACCCCAUCACACCAGUGACAAACAGAGAUGUGAAAUAUCCGCUGGGAUCAGUCCAGUUCCUCUGUAAUAAUUCUUAUUUCAUGUAAAUAGCUCUGUUUUAACAGUUUUUAUUAUCUAUAUGUGAAGCAGCAGUUAUAUAAAUAGCUGUUGAACAAAACUAUGAAUAUCGACACAGUUGAUGUGUGAGCAAUGUUGAGGCAACUCUGUACAGGAGACUUUUUUAUUUUUGAUAUUGGUUUACAAAAACCUCUUUUGACCUACCUGAGAACCUUAUUGAGUCCCAUCCCUUUAAAGGGGAAGAAGUUAAAAAGGCACAGACACACACACACACACAUAUAUAUAUAUAUAUAUAUAUAUAUAUAUUUAUAGGUUUUGUAUAUUUUUACAUUUACAAGGUGUAUUUACAAGUAUUUAGGUAAUUUACAUAUUUUUUGCAAAGCUAUUUAUGUUUGCAUAUGAAGAAACAUCAUGAAUUGCUAACAAAUUGUACUGUGUUCCCAAAUAUUGGAAUUAUGAAUGAAUGGAUAAACCGCAUGAAGCUGCACAUGAAGACUUUUAAAACGACAUUCCUGAGAUUUAUAUUGCAUCAUUUUACUUUUUAGAAGCAGCUCUUAUAAAGAAUAUUAUCACAACUUGAAAGAUUUUCCAAUGGCUUUAUUUAUUCAUCACAAACCUUUAACACCUCAACUAUUGGAACUUUUCACAGUACUGUAAGGGACUAGUUGAAUAACAAAAAAUCAAAACAAAAUCACCCAUGUUCUUUGCAUUUCAAUCAUUUUAACCCAUUGCUAUGUAUUAUGUAUUCAUAUAGACCGUAAAUAAAUACAGGGCUGUUUAAUGUGACAAUCAUAUAACAGGUGAACUAAAGUUUAAAUUCUGUGAUUUUGUGUUUGCAUGAUCAGUGUUUUGUUUAUUCUUUUGCGAGAAUUGUAACAUAACUUUUCGGCCUUUUUUUUGCAGCAACAAUUAUUUUGUGUGAUUCCAGUUGGUGUAAUAUUAGUGUUGUUAUCUUGAGUACUGUCUGAAGAUAGCUUCUGUUUAUGAGAAUCAGUGACUUGUAUAAGAGAUUAUGUACAGUCUACAGAUCAUGAUCAACAACCUUGACAGGAUGAUCAGCACAAGUGCACCGUUAAUUUGUACAUUACUUGUUUUAUAUCAAGAGCUUAUUCAGAAAAGUAUGUUUUAUCGGCAAACCAGAUGACAUGGGGUGAAAGAUUUUGUGAAAGGAAAAAUUCAAUCAAAUUCAGAAACAUUCUAGACUCUAUUAAACAUUUUACAGAACUGUGGAGGAUUUUUUGUUUUGUUUAUUUCUUCAUAUUUUUAUAAUCCCAUUAAUUUAUAUUUGCAUUUUAUCGAUUUUACUUUAUUUGGUUAAUCAUAAAUUAUGUUUCUUUUAAAGAGGGAGACAAACAAAACAGUUUGUUUUGAGUUGUGCAUUUGUGGUGGAAAUUGAUGAAAGAGUAUAUGCAGACUUCACUUUCUUUAAAACAAAAUGUAUGUUUUGAUGUUUAUUUAAAACCUGAUGAAGGUCAAAGUGUCAAGAACUGAAUGAAGUGAAGGGGCUUCACCAUUAGUUUGAGACACCUAUCCCAUAAUUUCAUACGUAAGCAUUCAAAAAUAAAAGACCAUGUUUUUAUAAGAAUA